AUGAAACGUGUAGUAGCGGCGCUGGUAGCUGCUCAGUAUGCGGCUACAGCAGCGGCAGCAUCCUCUCCUCGAGGAGUUGGGCCAGAAUUCGCCAAGUUCUAUGAAGACACUUCCAGCUUCACGUGUAUAUCGAACCCCUCCGUCAAGAUACCUGCGUCACGCGUAAACGACGACUACUGCGACUGUCCAGAUGGCUCAGACGAACCAGGCACUGCCGCUUGUGCACACCUCUCCGACCUCUCACCCCAUACACUCGCAACGAAUGGUACCGGCCAGCCAGCACUGCCAGGCUUCUAUUGCCAGAACAAGGGACACAUUCCCAGCUAUGUGCCCUUUACCAAUGUCAACGAUGGCAUUUGCGACUACGAGCUGUGCUGUGAUGGAAGCGAAGAGUUCCAAAGUGUAGGUGGGAAGUGUAAGAACAAAUGUGACGAGAUUGGCAAGGAAUGGCGGAAACACCACGAAGUCCGACAGAAAGCGGCGACCAAUGCACUUAAGAAGCGCAAUGAGCUUGUCAAGGAGGCUGCUCGGCUGAGGCAAUCUGUGAAAGACAGACUACAGACACUCGGCACCGAGAUCGAAGGAGGGGAGAUCAAGGUCAAGCAGAUGGAAAAGGAGUUGUCCGAGAUCCAGAAGAAGGAAGCUGGCAAGGUUGUGACCAGUUCUGGUGGUCCUGGCGGAAAGCUGAGUCAAUUGGUGGAGCUGGGCAAGCACAGAAUGGAGGAGCUGAGGAAGCACUUGAUCUCGACAAGAUCUGAUUUGACGAUGAAGAAUGAGAGGCUGCAGCAGUUGGAGCAGAUCUUGAAGACAUUCCACGAGGAGUACAACCCAAACUUCAACGAUGAGGGAGUCAAGCGGGCUGUAAAGGCAUGGGAAGACUACAUCGCCAGCAAUCCUACUGGAUCGGACACAAAUGCUGCAGCUGCACGCGAUCUGGAUGAGAUUACCAAGACUGAUGAGGAGAACGGUCUCAAUUGGAGCGAGUACAUCGAGGCAGAAAUGGAGGACGAGACCGCAGUUUUGUACUCAUUCGUCAACUACCUUCCACCUUCCCUCCGCAGCUGGGUCGACGACAAGCUCCGCGACCUCCGCCAAAGCCUCAUUGACGGCGGUAUCCUCGCAGACAACGGUAGCGCCAGCGUUGGCGAGUCCCAGAAAGUCAAAGACGCCCGCUCCCGCCUUGACUCAGCCAAGAAAGACCUCGAGAAGCAACAGAAGGACAUCCAGGAACAUCGUGAGGACCUCGAGAAAGACUUUGGACCCGACGACGUCUUCCGCGCCCUCAAGGGUCAAUGUGUCGAGAAGGACUCUGGCGAGUAUACUUACGAGCUCUGCUUCCUGGACAAGACGAACCAGAAGCCAAAGAAGGGCGGUGGGCAUACCAAUAUGGGUAACUUUGUCCGGACUGAGAGAAUCACUGUCGACGAGGAGCUUCCGGCGAACGGAAAGGGCCUGGGCAGUGGAGAGAGGUAUGCGAUGAAGCAUGAGAAUGGUCAGCACUGCUGGAAUGGACCCAACCGCGCGACGACUGUCAUCUUGGCCUGCGCUGAGGAAAACGAAAUCUGGAAGAUCAUGGAGGAGGAGAAGUGCAUCUACCGCAUGGAGGUUGGUACACCAGCCGUCUGCGAGCAGAGGAAGAAGGUUAAGACCGGCCAGGUGGUCAAGGACGAGCUCUAG